AUGACAUGUCAGAGUUGUGUCAGAGGCUCAGAGCAAACCCAGACUUACUCGAUCCAUUCCAUAACAUGUCAACAACGAAAUGAGUUGAACGAACGGGCAAGAAGGCAAUGUUUGUUGUUUAUAGCGAAAUGAUCAGAUAAGCGAUCACCGUCCAUGAGAGAGUGGCAAUCGGGAGUGUCCAAGCGAUGGUCAAGAAGACGAGACAGUGGAUAAGACGAGAGUGCAGCGGUGCAGUAACGAAAGGAUCAGCGCUCGGGCGCUAGACGGCGGCGGCAUGACGGAGCGCGCGCGCGGCGCCGUGCGGUCCAGCGCGCGGCUGAGCGGCGGAGCGGCGGCGGGCGGCGCGGCCGGCGGCGCGGCCGGCGAGGGCGCGGCGCGGGCGGCCGCGCGCUCGGCCGAGGCGGCGGCGGCGGCGGCGCGGCGCCGGGCCCGCGCGGCCGAGCGCGCGCGCGAGGUGGAGGACAGCCCGCGGGAGCUGCGGGACAAGUGCCGCCGGCUGGCCCGCGCGCUCAGGGAUGCCAAGCAUCUUGUAGUGUACACGGGGGCGGGCAUCAGCACGGCGGCCGACAUCCCCGACUACCGCGGCCCGCACGGCGUGUGGACGCGGCUGCAGCGCGGCGAGAGCGUCGGGCGGGUGGAGGUGUCGCGCGCGCAGCCCACGCUGACGCACAUGGCGCUGACGGCGAUGUGGGCGCGCGGCUUGCUCAAGUUCGUGGUGUCGCAGAACUGCGACGGGCUGCACCUGCGGGCAGGCCUGCCGCGGCGCGCGCUGGCCGAGCUGCACGGGAACAUGUUCGCCGAGCGCUGCGCCGCGUGCCGCCGCGUGUACCUGCGCGCCUUCGACACCACGGAGCGCACGGCGCGGCACGCGCACGGCACGCGGCGCCUGUGCCACGCGUGCGGCGCCGAGCUGGCCGACACCAUCGUGCACUUCGGCGAGCGCGGCCGCGCCGCCUGGCCGCUCAACUGGGCCGGCGCGCUGCGCCACGCCGCCGCCGCCGACGUGGUGCUGUGCCUGGGCUCCAGCCUCAAGGUGCUGCGCCGCUACCCGCGCCUGUGGCGCAUGCAGCGCGCGCCGCACGCGCGCCCCGCGCUCUACAUCGUCAACCUGCAGUGGACGCCCAAGGACGCGGUGGCGGCGCUCAAGAUCAACGCGCGCUGCGACGCCGUCAUGGCGCAGGUGGCGCGGCGCCUGCGCCUGCGGGUGCCGCGCUACGAGCCGCGCCGCGACCCGCUGCUGGCGCACGCCGUGCCGCUGGCGCCGUCCGAGGAGCACACCACGCGGCGCCCGCUGCUGCGCGUGCCCUCCGCCAGCGACGACGACUCAGACUCGGACGACGAGCUGCCGCUGCGCCGCCUGGCCGAACGCAUCCGCGAGCCGCCACCUUCCCCCCCGCCCCAUCCGACAGAUUGCGUCCACGAGCUGCCGCUCCCGCUCCACCCCCCGCCACGCCUGGACGAGCGCAUACGCGAGCCGCCCCGCGUGCUAGAGCGCAUCUGCGAGCAGCCGCCCCCGCCCCCGCCCCGCCUGGCAGAGGGCACCCCCGAGCCGCCGCCCCCGCCCCCGCCGCCGGCCCCGGCUGCCCCCGCUCUGCCGCCUCCGCCGGAUCUACUCCACGCGUUUCAGGUGAACAUGCGGUCCGGCGACGCCACCAUCCUGCUGCGCGCGCAGCACGCGCCGUCGGCGCCGGGGCGGAGGCCCGCCAGCGAGCUGCGGCUGUUCCGCAUGCAGCGCCUGGCGCCGCGGCCCAACGGCCGGCCGCCGUCGGCGCUCGGCAACGGCCGCGUGCGCCCGCCCCGGGGACUGGCCCUCACCAACGGCCACGGCGAGUCGGUCGCCGAAUUCUUGUCGAAUCUUCGUCCGGAACCGGAGCCGAAGGUCAAGCGGGAGGACGGCGCGGAUAUCGACCCGGCGCCGGACCGCGAGGGCCGGCGCGGCGAUCUCGAGCCGCAGGGGGAGUCGAAACCCGAGGAGAAAACGGAGGGCGAGCCGGAACCCCCGGCCAAAUACGAGGGCGAGUCGAAAUGGAAGCGCGAAGCGGACGAGGAUCUACUCGCCAAACCGUCGUUCGCGACGAAAUCGGAGCGGGAGUCGCCGGCGGGCGUGGGCGCGGAGGCGGAGGGCGAGGCCAGCGCGCUGGCGGCCGCCAUCAUCGCGCGCGCCGUGCUGCUGUGCCGCGCCUCGCUGUACCCCGGCCUGCACACCAUCCUGGCGCCGCCGCCGCGCGCGCGCGCCGCCUGCGCCUGGUGCGCGCGCCACUGCGCCGCGCGCCGCUGCCUGUGGUACCCCCCGCCGCCGUCGCCCCCGCCGCCCCGCGCCGCCCGCGCCUGCGCCUGCUGCGCCGGGCCCGCGCCCGCGCCCGCCGGCGCCGGCGGCGGCGACGACACGGGCGGCUGGUACGGCAAGGGCUACCGCAAGGGCCGGCGCCGGCGCCGGUAGCGACGACCGCGCCGGCGCCUGGGGCGCAUUCCGGUUGUGACCGCCGCUCGUCGCGGGUUCGCGUUCUUCCGUUGUUUGGGACUCGACAGACGUUUCACUGAACCGAAAGUAUAAUUCUAUUUAUUUGGCGAGAUUGUAAAACGAGGUAUCGAUUAUUAUUUGCGUUGUUUUCAGAAUUUUGAAUAAUGAAUCGAUGUGACUGAGAUAUGAACACGGUGCGACACUAGACGGCUCCAGACCGGCCGCGUCGUCGGCUCUGGACGAUAUUUUUCACGAAACUUACAUUUAUAUAUGUAUUUGGAUUCGAAACUUUUCGGUUCGAUAUGGCGAAUCUGAAAGGUGUGUGUGUGUGUUUAUAAAUUGGUAACUAAGAUAGGUAUAGGGUGGAAAGUUAAGUCGCGCCGGGAGGUGUCUCUGAACUUAUUUACUGAGAACGAGCUUAAACCGGUCAAAAGUACGUUUCGUAAGAAAAGUAGUGAGUGAUUUCUUUUGUUCACAUUGUUACAAUAUGUUCUGUAAAGUUGCGACUGACCAGUGAGCGGCAUGACUCCAUUCCGCAGUAUAAAUCAGACGAAAAAAGGCAGCCAGGAGGCGAGCCGCACGUCGCGGCCGCGGCGCCCCUCGGGCCUCGGCCUCGUGACGUCCGCCGCUACGUCACAAGCUGCCUACUGCGAUUAGAUAUUAUGUUAUUUUAAAAUAAGCGAUUAAAUAAGUUGAAGACAAG